AUGCCAGAACUUUCUUUCCAGUUCGACCCCGAAUCUGCACCGUCUUUUGCAGACGAGGUGGUCUCUCUGCUGAAAUCGACCCUCCCGCCAGACAGCCCACAGUCUCCAUCAGAUGCCGCCAAAGCCAUAGAUUUGCUCUGCAACAAGAAAUAUGAAGAGGUUGGCGAGGUGAGCGGCUUCUUAUGGGCCUUUUGGGAUUUCUUCCACGACCUAGCACGACAGGUUCCCUACGACAGCGAGGAGCAAAGACGGUUCGCAGCCAUCGUCAAGGCCCUACAUGACCUCCCGCCCAGGACUGUGAAGCUGGGUGCUUCAUGGGGCGAGGACAGCACCACUCAGCUGUGGACGGCGCUGCCCUUGUUUGGCGUGACAUAUCGCGAAAAGACUGAUGCCGAUCUACAAGCUUCCGGAGAAGUAGAAAAGCUAGAGCGCGACGUAAACCUACAAUGGUACGCCGCGCAAGUGGCAAGCCUUUGCGAUCUCUACUUUGAAAUGUACGCCAUUUGGGCCCUCGCGGAUGCGCUCGAGGGCACCAUGACGGAAAUCCGGGGCGCUCCCAACGUGGUCAACGAAGACCCUUCUGCAGUCAAAGACAUUGCCUACAAGACGAGGAGCGCCGCGGGCUGGAUGAUCCACACCGCUCGCCAGCUACACGGGCACGACGAGGAUGUCGAGGGCGCGACGGCAGGGCCGCUGUGGAAGCCAUCCAAGCAGGAGGCGAGGGAGCUCCAGCGCUCCUUGCAGAAGAAGAGGGUGUACGGCCUCUCCCCCCAGCGCUGGGGAUUGUGGAAGCAGCGGUUCGGUUGUGUUCGCGACUGUGACAAGCUGGACCAGGAAACUCGCGAGUACGCCAGGCGAGCUUUCCGUGCAAUGGAGGAGGUGGAGCAAAAGAAGCAGGAGUAG